AUGCUGCGGCGGGUGCUGGUGCUGGGCGCGUGCGUGGGCACGACGCGCGGCCUGGGCUCGCUGGUGCACUGCGAGCCGUGCGACGACAAGGCGCUGUCGCUGUGCCCGCCACACCCGGCCGGCUGUGAGCUGGUGAAGGAGCCGGGCUGUGGCUGCUGCCUGACGUGUGCCCUGCCGGCGGGGCAGCCCUGUGGCGUCUACACGGAGCGCUGCGCCCAGGGGCUGCGCUGCCUGCCGCGCCCCGGCGAGGACAAGCCGCUGCACGCGCUGCUGCACGGCCGCGGCCUCUGCCUGGCCGACAAGGACAGGGACAGGGGCAAGCCUGAGAAGGAGUCCCGAGAGCAUGAGGAGCCAACCACCUCGGAGAUGACGGAGGAGACCUACGCGCCCAAGGGAUACAGGCCCAAGCACCCGCGCCUCUCUGAGCUGAAGGCUGAGGCCCUGAAGAAGGACCGCAGGAAGAAGAUGACUUCGAGCAAGUUUGUCGGCGCGGCGGAGAACACGGCGCACCCCCGGGUCGCUGCCCCCGAGCUGAGGCCGGAGUUCGAGCUGGGUCCUUGCCGCAGACAGAUGGAGGCGUCGCUGCAGGAGCUCAAAACUAGCCAGCGGAUGAUCCCCAGAGCCGUGCACCUUCCCAACUGCGACAGGAAGGGUUUCUACAAGAGGAAACAGUGCAAGCCAUCCCGAGGUCGGAAGCGCGGACUGUGCUGGUGCGUGGACAAGUAUGGCCUGAAGCUGCCAGGGAGCGGGUACGUGUCCGGAGACCUCCAGUGCCACCACUUCGACAGCAGCAACACCGAGUGAACCCCCCGCUGAGACCUCCCCGACCCCCGUGCCUCCCCGCGCCCCGGACUCGGACUCCUUUCAUCUCAUUUUUAAAUAAAAAGAAACAAGCUGAAGAACCUGAGAACCUUGGAAUCGACAGUCCGUCCUCGACCGCGACGACACAGACUGACAGAGGACAGGAAAGGAGGAGCAGAAAGACGAGCCAGUGGCUUCCUCCACGCCUCAUCCCUGCUCCCCGCGACUCCCCCGGCCACGGCUCCCCGCUCCCUGCUCCCCGCCGAGGAGCGGAGGCAGCACGAACCUGUAGGAAUUGCUCGAAAGCACUUGAGUUGGUGUUUUGCUCUCAUGGGUUGCUUUGAUUUUUACUAUUCCUUCAUUUUUUAUUUUUUACUUUUUGCCCCGGAUUAGUGAGCCGCUUCCCCCGCGGUCUCUGGAGAAGACAGAGGAGCCCUGCCACGAGCAACACUCCUGCUCCUGCCACUCGAGUCCCUUCUUCCACGUCCAAUUUUCCCCUCUCCUCUGCUAGGACUUGAGUGGCUUUGAUUUUUAUCCUCCUCUCUAUCGAUAUAUCUAUAGCCAUAGAUAUAUGCAGAUUGCUGGGGGUUCGUAGAUAGCCUUUUAUAUACCUUUUUUUAAUGGUUUGCCUUAUGCGAGAGAGCGGGUCAACGGCGCGGACGCCAACCAAAUGUAUUGGUAGACUUUCGGAAAAACAACCCCGCCUUUCCAGUCCCUCGGGGGAAAGGGGUGGUGUCCCUUCAGCAGGAGAUCUCAUUUCCUGGCACGUGUGACUCUGUUGAGCUGUUCUCCAUCAGCGUGGGGACGUCUGUGGUCUGUCGCCUCCUUGGAAAACCAGCCCCCGUCCUGAACGCCGGCGCCUUCAACUUCAAGUGCAGAGCCGUUCCCUCGAACCAUCUCCUGGGCUGGUCACAGACAAACAUCCCUUGCAAGUCGACCGUGAACAUUCAAGCCCGUGCAUUACUUAAGGGGUUGUGGGAUCGGGGCUUUCCUUGGCCACCUUGGCACCAUUUGUGUCACAAUGACGAUGAAGAUGAAGACGGUGAUGGAGAGAAACUAAUGACAUUUUUAAUUGCCCAUCCAAAUACGUGUUUGCCCCAGGCCAAGAUGCCUUUUCGAGGCUGAUGAAUGCUACACACCCAUGCGCACACAGAUACGUGCAAGCCCAUAUCUAUUUUUUUCCCCUAGUCCAGCAUUCAAACACCCCUUUCAAGGCUCCUGCAGAUGGUUUCCAUUCACUCCAUACAGUCAGAGCCCCCCAAGUCCAACCAGAGCAAACCGGGAGGCCUCAGGGCACGUAAAUCCAAUGGACUCAAGCUGCUUCGCCAGGCUUAGACCGCGACGUCCUUGGGACUCUACUUUUCUUCUUGAGUUUGAGACCGUUUCUUCUCUUAUUUCACCAUGACAAGGGUCUUGGCUAGGUUUGCUUCCACGGAGACCCUGCAGGAAAUAAAACAGCCCUCCAGGGAAAGGAGCAAUGGGCUCCAUCCUUGCUUUGGAGACCUACUAGCGAUUAAGAAGCCUCUCCCUGUUGCUAGCCAUCUGCGCAUGCAGACACGCAUGUGCACACGAGACAGCGACCGUUCCCUCCCAGACGGGGAGCGCUGUGCGUCAAGACGUGUGGGGUGGCGGGCCAGGAGCACGGCCGGACAACGUGCUGACUUGAGACACCCGGGAGAGCGCACCUGGGAAGAAGGAUGCCUGCCGCGAGCGCAGGUCAAAGGGAACCGGCGAGCCUCUGGGAGGGAUGAUAGCUUUGCACUAAAGGGACGCGGGUCCAGCUCUGUCUCCCUCUCACCCUGGACCUAGGAGGCAGCUUCAGUUCUGGUUUCACUCUGGAUUGCAUUGGCACGGGAUGUUGGGUGUAGGGGAGCGGAGGAGCCAGCUGCCUGGCGAGUCCCGGGUGUGAAACGGGGCAGCCCGGUGGCCUCAAAAGGCCUCGUUCUCCGGGCUUGGGACAGAAGGAUUGAGGAGGCUUUGAACCAUGCUCCUUGUUCCCCGGUGCUACGGAGGGUCCUGCCAGGCCUCCAGCAGGCCGGUAGAGCAGCCUCUGGGCUGCUCUGCCUCGUCCUCUGCAAAAAAGCCUGGUGCACCAUGCUGGCCGGCUGGGCUUAUUGCACAGCGGCCUUGGAGGUUCCCUGAAUUGGGGGGAUGCUCAGGGGGGCUUUUUCUAUACCUGCAAAGACCCCUCUUUGCUGCUGCACUUGUGUGAAGGGUCCUUAGUGUCACUGGGAUCAGGACCAAGCCAUGUGAAUAGCAGAGAGGAGAAAAAUGGCAGGAACACCCCCCCCAGCCCAUCUCCAUCACCAGGGAUGGGGAUUUCCUGAGGGUCUCACUCCUAGCUGUCACAUCCACUGGGUUGGAUCCAGCAAGGUGCUUAAACCACUGCACCCCAGAGAGGCUGGUCGCCAUGUACAAAGUCAGGGCCUAGCUCAGCGUCCGCCCCUCCCCCCCUACAAGUGUGGGGCUGUGCAGAUCCAGUCUCACUCGGUGCCGCUUUACCUGUGCAUUACCACAGGCAUCUCUGGGGUCAGAGCAGGAGUUUUUGGGUGGUGACGGAGGGUGUUGGAGGGGAUCGGGGAUGCCCCAGCUUGGCAGUGGUGGGAGAAAGGGUGGGUGGCUUGGAAAGGAGUUGAGUAGUGGGGCAAAGAGAAAGCCCCUCCUUGAGAGAGGGCCGUGCCCCAGGCGCGACGGCAUCCCAUGGGUAGGCCUUCCCUUCUCUCUUCCUCCAGCUGUCCCCACAACACUGCUCUCGCCUGCCCACGGCCAGUACCCCCCUCGUCCAAGACGCCUCCCUUUCGCCUCUCUCUCUCGUUCUUUUCUCUAUCUAUCUAUCUAUCUAUUUUUUUUAAAUUUUAUUUUAUUUCUCGAAACUUGAAAGCCUUUGGCUGCAUGGGGAGGAGCAUGCCUGGUCUGGCAUGGGGUCGGGCUGUGGCUGUGGUCAGGGGAAGGCAGUGAUGUGACUCCCAGCUGUGCUGGGACCCUGUGGCUUUUGUCCUGAGACCGCUCCGGGAUGCACUUCUGGGGCCAGUUUGAGGCUGGGCUUGACCCCCAGGCUCCUGACCCCUGCCUCUCUGGGGUGGACUCUUUGCGAGGGGCAGAGAGCAAGACGCGUCCCUCUGACUGACGGGCAAUAGGAAGUGGAAAUGGAGGCUGGUCCCUAGACCAGAAAACGCAGGCAAUAGCCGAGAGAAACCACCCCCGCACCAAUGUGUGCACACGUGGGUGCACACAGGUGUGUCCCCAGGUAACAAGCGCUCUUUAAGAGGCAGCUGCCACCUUCUAGCCCGUUAGGAGUCUUCUCCCCCUCUGAAAUCAGCCCACGAGAUCCCCUGCCCUGUGGUUCGGGCUGCAAAGCCCAUCUGUGCAUGUGGUGCUGCCCAGGGCAGCUUUGGCCCAUUGAAAACACCCUGCUGCUUUUCAGACCUGGGAAGGCUCAAAUGACCUGUCAUGCCGAGCUCCCGGCGCGUGUCCGGGGAGCAGGGUGGGCUCUGGGUCUGCAGGGGGCUGAGAGUGGGCUGAGACCCCAGGAGAGGCAGCAUCGCGCGGCCGGUGGACCUGUGCACACAGCUGUAGGGCUGAAGGAAGACCUU